AAAUAAAGAAGAAUAUCUCAAGAAUUGAUCUCAACAGUGUGGCCAUGCUUCUAUGAUUAAUAUAUCGUUUUAACGGCAGGUUCGCACUUUUUUCUUUCAGAUCCUUUCAUUUCGUGCAAAAUCGUGUCGAAUGAACAUAAUUUCGUCGAAAUGAAACAAAGGUGAGAGGUGUGUUCUGAAUAAUUAUCGAAGAAAAAAUAUAUUGUCUCAUCCAACACCGAAGGUUGGGAUUUGGGAUUGAUGCAAGUUUAUACUCGUGCAUAUUGUUCUACAAAAGUGUAAAAGAAUGGCCAAGGAAGAAAAAGCUGUUCCUUCAUCUAUGACUCAGUGCUAUGAAAAUUAUAUUAUAGUUGAUGUGGGUGCCAAUCUAACGAAUAAGAAGUAUAGUCGAGAUUUGGAUAGUGUAAUACAAAGGGCGAAGGACGCCGGUGUACAAAAGAUUAUGGUAACCGGUGCUAGCAUUCGUUCUAGUAAAGAGGCGCUGAGACUGACCAGAAUAUAUCCCGGGACGCUUUACUCAACCGCUGGCGUGCACCCACACGACGCCAAGUCUUGGGAGGAACCAAAUACUUUGCGUGAAUUAGAAGGUAUAGCCAGUAAUCCAGAAUGCGUUGCGAUCGGAGAAUGUGGCUUAGACUACAGUCGUGAUUUCUCAGCUCCGGAGGCACAGCGCACUGUAUUUCACAAGCAAAUAGAAUUAGCCUGUACAUUAAAUAAGCCACUAGUAAUACAUGAAAGAAGCGCGCAGAAGGACGUAUUAAAAGUUCUUGACCAAUAUAAGAAUCGUCUGCCGCCUAUUUUGAUUCACUCCUUUAUCGGCACUGCGGAAGAGGCACAGAUUUAUUUGGAUCAAGGCUUUUAUCUAGGCAUCACGGGCUAUCUGUGCAAAGAUAAAUCCGAUAGUGGAGUUAGACAAUUGCUGGAAGGAGGGCGAGCACCAUUAGAUAAGAUCCUAGUGGAAACCGACGCGCCAUUUAUGUAUCCAAAUACCAGAGCCAGUAAAUUACCCGUGCACGUGAAAGAUGCUUUAACCGAACGGUCUAUGACAUUUCUUCAUCGUUACUGCACUUUCCAACGUAACGAACCAUGUGCCUUGCCAGCUAUCGUGGAAAUGGUAGCGGCGUUUAUGCGAAUCACGCCAGAACAAGUCGCGCUGGCUACUGCUUUUAACGCUUUAAAAUUAUUUGGUUUAAAUCAAUGAUAACAAUACUUACAAUUUCAGAGUUUAAGUUGUGCAUAAGAUGCUAUAUGACAAUGGAAUUAGAUUUUAAAAUAAUAAGGAUAAAGCUUCAUCUG